AUGGGUGACUACUCGAAAGCACUUGAAUAUUACGAAAAAGCACUUAAAAUCGACGAAAAAUCUCUGCCUCCAAAUCAUCCCGAUUUGGCUAGUUCCUACAACAACAUCGGUGGAGUGUAUAAGGACAUGGGUGACUACUCGAAAGCACUUGAAUUUUACGAAAAAGCACAUAAAAUCCUCGAAAAAGCUCUGCCUUCGAAUCAUCCCAAUUUGGCUAUUUCCUACAACAACAUCGGUCUCGUGUAUAAUAACAUGGGUGACUACUCGAAAGCCCUUGAAUUUUACGAAAAAGUACUUAAAAUAGAAGAAAAAGCUCUGCCUUCGAAUCAUCCCAAUUUGGCUACUUCCUACAACAACAUCGGUCUCGUGUAUAACAACAUGGGUAACUACUCGAGAGCACUUGAAUUUUACGAAAAAUCACUUAAAAUAAGAGAAAAAGCUCUGCCUUCGAAUCAUCCCUCAUUGGCUACUUCCUACCACAACAUCGGUGGAGUGUAUAAGAACAUGGGUGACUACUCGAAAGUACUUGAAUUUUACGAAAAAGCACAUAAAAUAAGAGAAAAAGCUCUGCCUCCGAAUCAUCUCGAUUUGGCUAUUUCAUAUGGCAACAUGGGCCAAGUGUAUAACAAUAUGGGCAAUUACUCCAAGGCACUUUCAUUUCUCGAAAAGGCGCUAGCUAUUCAACAGAAAACACUUCCGCCAUCACAUCCUCAUAUUAAAGAAACGAUUCGUAGACUUAACAAUGUUAAAAAAGUGUAA